AUGUCGGCUUCCUCAUCAGGUGUUGGUGAAGAACAUUGCCGUGCUUGUAUGAGUGUCGAAGAAUUAAUGAGACGUGCUAGAAAAAUGGCUGGGAAGAUUUCGAAGGAUAGUGUACAGCAGUCAUCGGCAACGUCGAUUCCUUCUGGAUCAACCGCAAUGAAAUCAGUGAGAAGUGAUUGUCCAGUAAACACUGAGCAGUUAGGUAGAUCCACGUGGAAUCUGCUACAUACGAUAGCUGCUUAUUAUCCCUUAAAACCAACAUCUGAACAAAAGAAAAAUGUCAGGAUUUUAAUGGAUCUUCUAGGAAAAACUUACCCUUGUUCACAUUGUGCUGAAGAUCUUCGUCGUGAUUUAGCUCAGCAUCAACCAGAUGUGGAAGAUCGUGAACGAUUUUCAUUAUGGAUGUGCGCAUUACAUAAUCGAGUGAACAAAAAGCUUGGUAAACCAGAGUAUAAUUGUUCACAAUGGAAAGAAAGAUGGCUAGAUGGUUGGAAGGAUGGUUCUUGUGAUCAAUAG